AUGCCUCAUCCCAAUAGGUCCCCCAGCUCGCCGAGCCUGCGCGAUCCCCCCAAGCAGGUCUCGGGCGAGCUCCAUCUCUCUCGACCUUCCAUGUCUCCUUCGAACCCCUCUCCGCUUCGUGCCUCCGUUCGACGAUUCCCAUCCCGCGGCGCUCGCCCGACCGUCGCGUCGAUAGCAGACCUUUUUGUUGGCUCGCUGGUUCUGGCAGGCUUCUGCCAUGAACACUCGCCACGGACUCGGGCCCGCAGCCUAUCGACACUGCCUCUGAAAAAAUCUGAGCACCACCUUCAGAGAUUUCGGUGCAAGGCGAUGGCUAACCGGGGCCAACUUCCUGUCGGGGAACGGUGGGAAUACACGGGCUCGGUCGCGCAGCCAUCUAGAGCUCGAUCAUGGUUGAGCACUGCGUCAGCACCCGCCGCAGAAAAUUUGACGACGGAGAAUCGUGCGACAAAACGAGAAGAGGAAGACCAAAAAUCUGGAGGAGGCGAUUUCAGCAUGCGGUCUGGUUCGACCGAUUCCGCGACCAAAAAGUCACGGCAAACUUGGUUGCAGACGUUCGACACUAUAGUGGGUUCCAAGCGUUUAGUGAUUCAACAAAAAGGCCCUUGUGUGACUCGGCCAGACUCACAAAUCUCCAUUGAGGAGAUCUCAACUCAGUUAUCAACACCUGAUGACGAACUACGCCUCUCAUUCGAUCAAAAGCGGUAUAUCUUGAAUGCCAACUUGUAUAAGCGAAUACUGGGCGACGAGAACAAUUGGACCGAACCUAUGGACAUUGUUUUCCCGAAGGAGGAUGUGCUAGAGAAGACUAAAAUAGAGGUUAGAGCUGAUGACGCCGUGGACCCUCAUCAAAGCCCCUCUGUGACAAGACUGGUGGACGUCCUAAAUGGCGAUGAUCCUCCAAGUACUCAACACCUGUUCCGUUUGUAUCGUGAUAUCCCAGUCCCGGGAGUCGCAAAGCUCUCCAAACGCUCCCGCGGGGACCUGCUACGUCGGUUCGCGAAUCCCCCUGACCGACGUUGGGCGGAUGCUCGCCGGUACCUCGCAUUGGUGCAAGACAUGGUUGCUGCCGACCUCCCAAUGUCUCGCUCCCUUUGGACGUCUGCGAUCUAUUUUGCUGGGCGCGGAAAUGGCAGCGGCAGGGUGAUGAAGCGAGACUUGGUUCGAGCCAUUGGCAUAUGGCAGCAGAUGGAACAUGUUGCUGGUCUUCAAUCAGACGAUGUCGUCUUCAACAUUCUAUUUGACGUGGCAAUCAAAGCCGGCCAGUUUACUGUCGCUAAUCGACUGGAGGAAGAAAGGAUUAAGCGAGGAAUUGGUUUUAGUCGCUUUGGACUGAUCUCGAGGAUCUAUUCUUUUGGCCUGCGAAAAGACCUCGACAAAAUCUCUCGAACAUUUGAAGAGUUUGUCCAAUCCGGAGAACUGGUUGAUACCGUUGUGCUGAACUCCUUGUGUGCUUCUUUUCUUCGGGCUGGCGACACUGUCGCCGCCGAGGCACUUGUGGCUGAUCCAUCACCUCUCGACCACGCCCUCUCCUCCGAGUUUGGAGAAUAUCGGAAAAGCGCCCGAAAAUUGGGGCGCCUCCUGAAGCACUCGAAAGUCCUUAAACACCGACUCCCCGACCAUCAUCGUGUCCUCCAGAAUUCUCUCUCUAUGGCCCCUGACACCCGGACCUUCUAUAUUUUCCUUCGAUAUUACGCACACCAAAGUGGUCAGUUUGACCAAUUCAUCGCUGUCCUCCGUGAUAUGGAGGAUACCUACACCGUACCCCCGCGCAAUAUUAUUUACAUGCUCCUCUUCGAAGGGUUCGCUCUUCAUGGUGAUCGGAAGCGAUCUUGGUCGGCGGAAAGGCUUCGGCAGACCUGGCACGCAUACCUCCGGGCUCUACGUGAGUCGCGGUCUAGAUUUGAUGCCCAGCAUUCUCGACGGGCCCUACCCAAGACGGUCUGGGAAAAUCCAUUGGGCAAUACUGUGAAUAAAGAAGCAGGGCUAGACCUCCCGGUGAAUGAUGCACCUGACGGUUUCUACAUGCCUCUUCCUUCUGCCUCUCCUGCGACAAGCCCGACCCUUAAUCUAACUAGUCACCCGGAAGAUACAAGAGAGCCCGGACAGGCCCCGACGUACGCUGCCUUUGAUGGCCAGGAACUGGGAAAGGAUCCCCACGCUGCAGCUCACUCUUCACCCGAUGGGCUCCUGGAGCACGAGGACCUGGAGGAGGACGAGAUUCCGGGCGUGGAUGAGUUCUUCACCUCCUCAUCGCCUUCUUCGGCUCCAUCCAGACUCGGCCUGGUCCCUCCCGGCCAGCACCGCCUCGAAAAUGGCGUUUUUGUGGGACGCAAGAUGAUAGUAGUCAUCCUCCGUGCCUUUGGCGCGUGUUGUGGGCCUAAAGAGGUGCUCGAGGUAUGGCUACAGCUGGAGCGGCUCUGGCAUCCUCACCAUCGCAAGGCGAUGGAUGUAUUGGCUAUCAAGGAGGAACUGGACCACCAGCUCUCCAAGGGGCCGCCGCGCACGUAA